AUGUCUAGCACAUCCACACUGGCCCAAGUCAUGCGGCGUGCCGCAAAGGCACUACCACCAAUCAACUCGACCAGUUUCGGCGAAUCUUUCGACUGGCUAGGCCAAUCGAAGGUGGUCCUCCUGGGCGACGGUAGCCAUGGCACAUCAGAAUUCUAUGCUGCUCGCGCAGAAAUCACUAAGCGACUCAUCAAGGAGCAUGGAUUCAAGUGUGUGGCGCUCGAGGCGGAUUGGCCUGACGCAGAGGCAAUUGAUGCUUACGUGCGACGGUGGCCAGGCCAGCAUCCUGAUCCGGUGCAGGCAGCCAGGGAUAAGGAAGCCCCUUUUCAACGGUUCCCAACGUGGAUGUGGAGAAAUCGCGAAAUGCAGGAUUUGGUUCAUUGGAUGAGGGACUAUAACGAAGGUUUACCUGCGAAAGACAAGGCUGGCGUGUAUGGAUUGGAUUUAUACUCGAUGGGAUCGAGCAUGAGUGCUGUCAUUCGGUACCUACAGAACAUCGAUCCGGAAAUGGCUAAAGAGGCCAAAGAACGAUAUGCUGGACUGCAACGUUGGGUAAACAGGGAACACCAAUACGGACGCAAGAUGCUCCAGAGCAAAUACAUGGAGAACUUGAAGUCUUGUGAGGAAGAUGUCAUCAAAAUGCUCCUGGGAUUGCUGCGCAAAAGGUUGGAUUACUCGGCCAAAACCAACGACGGCGAAAGGUUCCACAGUGCGGAGCAGAAUGCUGCGUUGGUCGUGGAUGCAGAGGAGUACUAUCGCAAGAUGUACUACAGCGAUGUGGUCAGCUGGAAUCUGAGGGAUAUGCAUAUGUUCGACUCGUUGAAGCGCUUGCUUGAGUUCCGGAAAUCCAAGGCCGUAGUAUGGGCUCACAAUAGCCAUCUCGGAGACGCGCGAUUUACCGACAUGGGUACGCAGCGGGAAGAACUCAAUCUUGGCCAACUCUGCCGCGAAAAUCUGUCCGACGUGGUCCUCGUGGGCUGUGGGACACAUGACGGCACAGUAGCUGCCGCACACGAGUGGGAUGGUGAUAUGCAAGUUAUGAAGGUCAACCCGUCGCGGGACGACAGCUGGGAGUAUGUGGCCCACAGCACCAACAUACCGAGAUUUCUGCUUGAUAUGCGCAAAGAACACUGCGACGAAGAUACUCGCAGAGCCCUCUCUGCUAAUCGGCUUGAACGAUUCAUCGGUGUGAUCUACCGACCAAAGACUGAGUUAUGGAGCCAUUACAGCGGGUCCAGGUUGUCCAAGCAGUUUGACGCAUACGUUUUUUUCGAUAGGACGCAGGCGGUCGGGGCCUUGGAAACAACACAGCCUGAGACACCCUUGUUGGAGGCGGAAACUUAUCCGUUUGGUUUGUGA